AAUAGCCGCCCGCCUUCUGCCGGCGAAAGGUUUUAUAUACAACUGAAAUUUGCGCAGUCAAAUUGCUAUAAGUCAAAAUAUAGGGUAGUCGGACGGUCCACUCGUGAGUGCGCGUGCGACGGUUUAGUGCGUAAGUGCGUCCCGAAAACCGCGAGAGCAAAUGCUCCCGGAUUUAGUGCCUAUUUAAUUUUUAUCGAUUUAGAGGCAAAUACUUUUUGUGUUACCAUGGGGUGCAGUGCGAGAUACUGUUUACUGGCUCUAUCCUUGUGUCUUGUGACUGAGAAUGCGAUUGGUGUGCGAGUGAUGCCCAAACGGAAAAAAGAAGCCCUGAGCACUGCCGAUGACCAGUCAACCUCAGCAUCAUGGUGGCAAGCAGGAACAGCGACUCCAUUCAGAGACAGCUCGAACACCUUCUCCUCAACCCACGGCUUGGUCCAGACACACCCGGGUAUCAAUGACCCCUUCGGGUCUUUCGGAAGCAUUGGAAGCACUAUCGGGCCGUCUUCCAACCCGUUCGCCCAAGCUAGCGGCAGCGGUCCGCUCAGUGGGGGAAUCAGGAACAACCCACUCCCUCCUCUGGCGAGAAAUGUCAAUGGAAAGACCACUCUGAAACAUCUGGACUUCACCAGCAGUGCCACAGCUGAGUUGAGGAGGAACCCAGCGUUGUCUGCUCCUGAUGAGUGCGCGAGAGCUUGCCGAGAGAACGAGCCCCCAAGGAUCUGUUACUACCACUUCACUCUUGAGCUCUACACCGUUUUGGGAGCGGCCUGUCAAGUGUGCACUCCAAAUGCAACCAACGUCGUGUGGUCCCACUGCCAGUGCGUAUUGGCCGAUGGAGUCGAGCGUGGUAUCCUCACCGCCAACAGAAUGUUGCCUGGACCUUCCAUCCAAGUUUGUGAGAACGACAAAGUGGUCAUCGACGUAGAAAACCACAUGGAGGGUAUGGAAGUCACCAUUCACUGGCACGGUAUCACUCAGAGGGGAUCCCAAUACUACGACGGUGUACCUUUCGUUACCCAGUGUCCAAUUCAACAAGGAAACACUUUCAGAUACCAAUGGCAAGGUAACGCUGGUACACACUUCUGGCACGCGCACACAGGUCUUCAAAAACUUGACGGUUUAUACGGUAGCAUCGUCGUCCGUCAGCCCCCAUCCAAGGACCCCAACAGCCACUUGUACGACUACGAUCUGACCACCCACGUCAUGCUGAUCAGUGACUGGCUCCACGAAGAUGCUGCUGAGAGGUACCCGGGCCGUCUGGCCGUCAACACCGGACAGGACCCCGAGUCUGUGCUGGUCAACGGCAAAGGACAGUUCCGAGACCCCAACACUGGAUUCAUGACCAACACACCUCUUGAAGUGUUCACCAUCACCCCUGGAAGGAGAUACAGAUUCAGAAUGAUCAACGCCUUCGCAUCUGUGUGCCCAGCUCAAGUCACGUUCGAAGGCCACAACCUCACUGUAAUAGCUACUGACGGUGAACCAGUAUCCCCAGUUCAGGUCAACACAAUCAUCUCAUUCUCAGGUGAACGUUACGACUUCGUUAUCGAGGCCAACAACAUUCCUGGAGCAUAUUGGAUCCAAGUGCGCGGUUUGGGAGAGUGUGGUGUCAAGAGGGCCCAACAGCUGGCCAUCCUUAGGUACGCCAGGGGACCCUACCAACCGUCGACGCAAGCACCGACCUACGACGUCGGCAUUCCACAGGGAGUAGUAAUGAAUCCACUUGACGCGAUCUGCAAUGUAAAGAGGAACGAUGCGGUGUGCGUCAGCAACCUGAAGUCUGCCAAGCCUGUGGACAAGGCUAUACUGCAAGAGAGGCCAGACGUAAAGAUCUUCCUGCCCUUCCGAUUCCACUUCUACAAGCCAAAAGACCUGUUCAAGGAAAACACUUACAGGAACUUCUUAGUUGCCCCCGGCGGCGACCACGUCCUCAGUCUAGUCGACGAGAUCUCGUACAGCGCGCCCCCCGCGCCGCCCCUGUCCCAGAUGCACGAACUGUCCCCGGAGUUGUUCUGCAACGGGGACAACCGUCCCGCCAACUGUCCCGUCGACUGCCGCUGCACGCACAUGAUCGACGUCCCGCUCAACUCGAUUGUGGAAAUCGUUCUUGUUGAUGAAGUUCAAUCACCAAAUUUAUCUCAUCCCUUCCACCUGCACGGAACGACAUACAACGUCAUCGGCAUGGGCCGGUCGCCAGACAAGAACAUAAAGAAGAUCAAUCUCAAGCACGCGUUGGACCUGGACCGAAAAGGCUUGCUGCACCGACAGUACAACCUCCCACCUUUCAAAGAUACGCUCGCCGUGCCCAAUAAUGGAUACGUCGUGUUGAGGCUAAAAGCUGACAAUCCAGGGUACUGGCUGUUCCACUGCCACUUCAUCUACCACAUAGUCAUAGGCAUGAAUCUAAUCCUGCACAUAGGCACGCAACGGGACUUACCCCCCGUACCACCAAACUUCCCGCGAUGCGGCAACCACCUACCUGAAAUAACACCACCCCACUUUCCCAUAGGACUCCAUUGAAACCCCUUCAUGAUUAUUCGGCGAAGUACCCACAUCGCUUUGGUUUAUUUGCAAACCAAAUGAAGAUUACGAACCUAGUUACAACGCAAAUGCCAUAUUUUGAAGUAUCAUUGAAAAUAAGACCAUUGCCGGUCAUAUAACUUUAAGGUGCUGUUAUAUUACCCGUUGUAUCUAAUGUGUCUAACAACAUGGUUCAUAAUUGCGUAGAUUUUCCUCUGUAUACUUGGUAGAGUGUACUUUCCUUGAGCUAUGCGUAAGGAACGGCGAAGGAUACCGGGGCAAAGCUAUGGCCCGAUAAGAUUUUGUGUGCCGUCGGGUUUAUGGAAAUGACAAUAAUGAACAAAAAAGUCUUUAAGAGAAUUAUUGUGGUCAACAACUUAAAUAAAGUAAUUUUUAAAUCAGAAAAAUUAAUUUUAAAGUAAGAACUUCUGGUCGAUUAAAAGAUUCGUCAGCUCCAAAAUCCGUCGACAUUAAAAAUCUUGUCGCAAAUUGAGAAAAAAGUGUCAAUGAUAAGUUAUUAUUGAUUCAUGGAUUUGUUCAUCGUUCCAAGUGAAAUAUGUAUUGAAGUUCCUUUUAAAACCUUUAUAAUAAAAAAGGUUCAAAGUAUUGGCAUGCUUGAAGUACACUGAACAAACUUGUAGCAACCAAAACUAUGUAGUUGGUGAUUUUAGGGCCAAUUUUUCAAUCUCAAGAUAAUGGCGGUUAAUUUAUUUACAUUGACAGUUGUAAAACUCGUAUACAGGGUGAAAUUGAAAUCGUUGGCUUCCUUUUAAAAUAAGAUUUUAAUACUCACCAAAUGCACAAAUAAACUUAUAACACCCCUCUUUUUUUUUCGUCGGUCGACAAUAAUUUUUAACCUUAUACAAUAGUUUUACUCUUUAUAAGAGUACACUUAUAGAAAUAAAUAGUAAAAAUAAAGACAAAAAGGAUUUGUUUCAUAUUUGGGGAAUAUAAGAAAAAAAAAUGCCAACAAUUUCAAUUUCACCCUGUAUUAAUCUCGCGAUUGAAAAACGAACCUUAAUUCAAUGGCAAAUGAUGAUUAAAGAUGCCAUUUGACAAUAACUAAACUAAACGUUGUUACUAUAAUUAGUUGUAUUUUUGUUAUUCGUUUUAUACUUGUGUAAAUAAAUUAGAAUAAGUAGAUGAUGUGUGUGACGGUAUAAUGUUACAGGGAUACACAAAAUACAAAUGAAAUUGUAUGCACUCAUUGAUCAAUAAAUCGAUGUUUAUUUAAAUGUAGUUUUUAAGGGCUGGUUCGCUGCACUCAAUGACUUUUUGGCGUAUUGUAAUGUAAAAAAAAGUUGCAAUUAUAAACCGAUUUGAAAAUAUUGCAUUUGGAUAGAAGAAUCAGCCUUUUACGGGCUAUAAAGUAUAAUCCCUGUGUAAUAGUAAAACGGUUUAAAAGCAGGUUCAAAUAUUAAUCCACAUAAUCAAUUGAACCCUAAAAACAGAAAAAAAAUAUU